CCCCCACACUCCCCAAAUACACAGAAUCAGAAACAUUACCAAAACAAAACAAAGAACAAACGCAAUUUUCAUUUUCACACACAAACUCGAUCAUCUUCUUCAGCUUACAAGGUAUUAGCAAGGUUAGAGGAAAAUGUCAUACAAUCCUGAGAAAUUUACUCACAAGACAAAUGAGUCCAUCGCCGCCGCUUAUCAACUCGCAACCGAAGCUGGCCAUGUUCAAUUCACGCCGCUCCAUCUCGCAGCCGCUUUGAUUUCCGACCCCGCCGGCAUUUUCUCCCAGGCGAUUGCCAAUGCCGGUGGCAAUGAAGAGUCGCCUAAGUCGGUCGAGAGGGUCUUCACUCAGGCACUCAAGAAGCUUCCGUCUCAGUCUCCUCCGCCGGAGCAAGCACCGGCGAGCAGCAACCUCACUAAGGUGCUCCGGAGGGCGCAGUCGGCGCAGAAAGAGCGAGGGGAUACACAUUUGGCGGUCGAUCAGUUGAUUCUAGGACUUCUGGAGGACUAGCAGAUUGGGGAUUUGCUCAAGGAAGCUGGCAUUGCUGCGGCGAAGGUGAAAUCGGAGAUUCAGAAGCUUCGUGGUAAUGCGGGGAAGAAAGUGGAGAGCGCCUCCGGCGACACGAAUUUUCAGGCCUUGAAGACUUAUGGGAGAGACCUAGUGGAGCAGGCAGGGAAGCUUGACCCUGUGAUUGGUAGAGAUGAGGAGAUAAGGAGGGUGGUUAGGAUUCUGUCGAGGCGGACGAAGAAUAAUCCGGUGCUGAUUGGAGAGCCGGGGGUUGGGAAGACGGCUGUGGUUGAAGGCUUGGCCCAGAGGAUUGUGAAGGGGGAUGUCCCUAGUAAUCUGAAUGACGUCAGGCUUAUCGCAUUGGAUAUGGGCGCUCUGGUAGCGGGUGCGAAGUAUAGAGGGGAGUUUGAGGAGAGGCUGAAGUCUGUAUUGAAAGAAGUAGAGGAGGCGGAAGGGAAGGUGAUUUUGUUUAUUGAUGAAAUCCACCUGGUUCUUGGUGCUGGUAAAACCGAGGGCUCUAUGGAUGCCGCCAACCUUUUCAAGCCAAUGCUGGCGAGGGGCCAGCUGCGGUGCAUUGGGGCUACGACUCUCGAAGAGUAUAGGAAGUAUGUGGAGAAGGAUGCUGCGUUUGAGAGGAGGUUUCAACAGGUUUAUGUGGCGGAGCCGAGUGUUCCAGACACUGUUAGCAUCCUUCGGGGGUUGAAGGAGAGAUAUGAAGGGCAUCAUGGUGUGAGAAUUUUGGAUAGAGCCUUAGUUAUUGCUGCGCAACUGUCGAGUCGAUACAUCACAGGGCGUCAUCUCCCUGACAAGGCUAUUGAUUUAGUCGAUGAAGCUUGUGCAAAUGUGAGAGUCCAGCUUGACAGUCAGCCAGAAGAAAUUGACAACCUUGAAAGGAAGAGAGUGCAGCUGGAAGUUGAGCUUCAUGCGCUUGAAAAAGAGAAGGAUAAAGCUAGUAAAGCUCGUCUUGUUGAAGUUCGGAAAGAGCUUGAUGAUUUAAGAGACAAGCUUCAGCCGUUAAAGAUGAAGUAUGACAAAGAGAAGGAAAGGAUUGAUGAGAUUCGUAGGCUUAAGCAGAAGCGUGAAGAGCUCUUAUUUGCUUUAACUGAGGCUGAAAGAAGAUACGAUCUAGCUAGGGCUGCUGAUUUGCGGUAUGGAGCAAUUCAGGAAGUGGAGUCUGCUAUCGCCCAGCUUGAAGGAAGCACAGAGGAGAACCUGAUGUUGACUGAAACUGUUGGACCGGAACAUAUUGCAGAGGUGGUGAGCCGUUGGACCGGCAUACCAGUAACAAGGCUUGGCCAGGAUGACAAACAGAGGCUAAUUGGACUUGGUGAGAGAUUGCAUAAGAGAGUAGUGGGUCAGAAUCAGGCAGUUGAUGCUGUUGCAGAAGCCGUGUUGAGAUCAAGAGCUGGGUUGGGCAGACCACAACAACCAACUGGAUCGUUUCUUUUCUUGGGUCCGACAGGUGUUGGUAAGACUGAGCUUGCAAAAGCUCUUGCUGAGCAGCUCUUUGAUGAUGAAAAUCUAAUUGUUCGGAUUGACAUGUCUGAGUACAUGGAGCAACAUUCUGUUGCACGUCUGAUCGGUGCUCCUCCUGGAUAUGUUGGUCAUGAAGAAGGUGGACAGCUUACGGAGGCUGUGAGGCGGAGGCCAUAUAGUGUUAUAUUGUUUGAUGAAGUGGAGAAAGCUCACCCUACAGUGUUCAAUACCCUGUUGCAAGUUCUUGAUGAUGGAAGGCUAACUGAUGGCCAAGGUCGUACAGUUGAUUUUAGGAAUACAGUGAUCAUUAUGACAUCAAACCUUGGGGCGGAACAUCUCCUAACCGGUUUACUGGGCAAGUGCUCAAUGCAAGUGGCCCGUGAUCGGGUUAUGCAAGAGGUGAGGAAACACUUUAGGCCUGAAUUGCUCAAUCGGCUUGACGAGGUAGUUGUUUUCGAUCCUCUGUCUCGUGAGCAACUGAAGAAAGUGGCUAGGUUGCAAAUGAAGGACGUUGCAGUGCGGCUUGCUGAGAGGGGGGUUGCCGUGGCAGUGACUGAUAAUGCAUUAGACUAUAUUCUGGAUGAGAGUUAUGAUCCGGUGUAUGGUGCUCGACCUAUAAGAAGAUGGCUGGAGAAGAAAGUGGUGACAGAGCUAUCAAGGAUGUUGAUUAGAGAAGAGAUAGAUGAGAACUCUACUGUGUACAUAGAUGCAGGAACUAAUGGGGAAGAGUUGGUUUACCGGGUCGAAAAGAAUGGAGGCCUUGUAAAUGCCGUCACUGGCCAGAAGUCGGACGUGCUGAUACAACUUCCGAAUGGAACAAGGCGGACGGAUGAAGCUCAUCAGGCAGUUAAGAAGAUGAAGAUCGAGGAAAUAGAUGAGGACGAGGACAUGGAUGAGUGAAGCCCCUCCUCUUUCAUUAGUUGUCUGUAAGUUGUAUCAAGUGUUUUUUCAGUAUUUUGUGGAGCUCAUCAUCUGUAUGGAACUAUGCAUGAUGGCCUUGGUUUGUAAAUCUUGCGCCAAGUGGGACAUGGUUUGCUUGUAAUGACUUGCUUUUUAUAAUUUUAAGUCCGGGUUUUCUGCC